UCAGAAGAUGAGGGCUUCCUUGCGCAAGGAACGCCGGAACCCAGCAGCCGCUCACAAACCUUGAUCUACUAUGUGAACAAUAAUAGGUGUGGAUCAAGGUGACUCUGGUUGGUACAAUCACUAUCCGUACACUUUUCAACAAUAGCCAAAUCCAGCAGGCUUCAAAGCGUCAACGCCGCAUGUUCUACCAAGAUCUCGUUAGACAAAUCGACUACGAGCCGCUCGCCCUCCUGCCGGACACCGUGACUGAGCUUAUAUUAGAAGAAGAUACUGCAGCAACGGGGCAAAGGGUGGAGAGCGGAUUAGAGGGCACCCCUAGCACGAUGAAAAUUCUCAACAAAUCCCUAAGAUACAGGAUCCGAGAAGAUCCUCUUCGGGUUGUCUAUCCUAUGUCGGACGACUUCCCAUCAUUUCGGAAAAUUAACGAUGAAGAGCUGACAAGGGAUACCGAAAUCUCGGACGGAGUAUUUCGGGUAUCCAAUAGUGGGGUACAAUAUAUCCUCAAGAUAGUUAAUCGUCCUCUCUACGAUCCCCACGACACCGACGUCCUUCGGGAGGAGCUGGAAAAUCUUGAGUACUUUGCAGGCGUGCCGAAUAUUGUGCAAGCGGCGGGGAUUGCGGUAUCUACAAACCCGUAUGCGACUUUCAGUGGUAGUGAUGGACCGCUAGUUGUGACUGUGGUUCUACUCGAGGCGUAUCCUGGAGGACCAUUGCAGCAGGUUCUGUCCGAAAACCGCAUUACUGAGUACGCUUGGAAGAAAUGGCCCGUCCAAAUUGGAACCGCGCUGAAUCGCUUUCAUGAGGCUAAGAAAACCCAUAUGGACAUGAAGCCUUCAAAUAUUGUCAUUGACAGCGACGGAAAUGCAGUAAUCAUUGACAUCAGCGGCAUUGGCGGUAUAACUCGCCGGUGGUGUGCACCAGAAAUCCAAGACGAGGCGUCUCCCUUUGACCUGCCGUUUGAACAACGUCAACUUCACGAUAAUUGGGCAUAUGGAAAAGUUCUAUCCGAAAUGGCAUCUCACGCAAAAGACGAACCAUUUUCAAAGACUUUGAAGCAAGUUGCAGAUUGUUUACUGAAGGAAAACUGCCAAUCACGCAUGAGUUUACCAAGGGCAAUAUCCCGACUCGAAGGUGCGGACAAUUGGAUAAGGUGUACGAUAUUGUAGCAAAAGGCCAUUUGGCCCUUAAUAAUCAUCCCAACCAACAUCUUCUUCAUCGAAACCACCGUCGUUUCUGUCACCUGGUCCCUCCCGCAUUGGGCUAGACUGUUCAUCACAUCCAGCAAUUCCGCCAUGGCGGGUGCCGGUCGUUGAGGCAUCUGUGGUAUUGCCAGAAGGACAGAGUGAUUUUCUCUGUUCCGCAUCCUUGCAUGGCUGCUUGAGAGUCUUGCGAUAGUGGCCG